GUGAGCGAGCAGCCGGAGGUCGACAGCGACGACGGCGCGCGGGAGGGCGUUCGCCGCCUGGUCGUCGCCCGGGCUGCGCUGGUCGCCCUGGCGCUGCUGGCGCUCGCGGGGCCCUCGGCGGCCCACCUGGCCACGGCGCGCCCCUGCUGGCACGACGGCCUGCGCGGCGGCCGCGCGUACUGGGCCGUGUCCUGGCCGUCUGUCCAUCCCCGAACUUCGCCCUGGCCGCGCCCACGUCCCUGGCCUUCGCGGCCUGGCGCCUCUCCGUGCGCCGCCGGUUCCGCGCCUUUCCGCUGCACGUGUGGACGCGGCGCUUCGGGUCGUGCGCCACGGUCACCGCGGUCGCCUGGCUCGCCCAGCCCGCCCUGGACCCGGGGUGCCACGGCGCGGCGGGCGCGGCGUGGCGCGCAGCGUGCCUGGGGCUGGUCUACGGGGCCUACAUCGCGACCCUGUUCAUCCCGUACCACGUCAUCGUGCUCAGGCUCCGCUCGCUGCGGCGCUUCCGGACGGCGCGGGUGGCUCGGGCCAUGCUCCUGUUCGCGACGGCGAGCGUGCUUGCAUCCGUCGCGGCGUACUUCACGCUCUUCUCCCUCGGGUGGCCUGGCCCAGACAGCGGGUUGGUGAUUGCUGCGUUGCAUCAGAUUGGUCUCGUGGGGACGGUCAUGUGCGUUUUCGGCGCGAUUGGGAACCUGGGUUGGCUUCACGUCCGCGCUGGUCGCGGUGAGCAUCCUGCUGUCGUGCGUGGAGGGCUUUCUCAUCGCAUCAUCCGGCAACAACGCCUCCGACGAUGA